AUGCCUGUCGACGCCAAGGUAGAAGAGAAGAUCCUAUCUAUGGUCACUAUUGCCGAUAAGAGAGUCCACGCUAUGGACCAGGCUGCCGCUGAGGUCUGUUUCGAGAGCCUCCCAACCCCAAGGCUGGUGGGCAGGGACAUGCCUUACAUGAAGGUCGGGGCCGCAGUGAAUAUCGCGGCCCUCAUGCAGGAAGAUGCCCCCACGGAGGAGUAUUUUGCCAAGUUGCUGAGCGGCGGUGCCUCUGUCAUCGUCCUGGACAUCACUAAGGGUGUUUUCACUGAUGGAGUCAACCCUCAAGCCUUGGUCGACAAGCUCAACACAUGCGUACAGAUGAUCAGAACUGCUGGAAAGGGCAGUGGAAUGAGUCGCCCCUUUUCCCUCGCCCUUUCUGUGGCAAACAACGAGCUGGCGAAGUUGUGCAUCUCUAAAGUUGCCAUACCACGCGGUAUUGGCUCGGUCAUUAUCCCUCCGGUCCGCACUGGUGCUGAAGUGACGGCCUUCCGCAGCUCAGCCUUGGGCAUGAGGGGCAGAAGGAUCAAGAUAUUCGUACAUACUACCUCUACGAAGAACAUUGACGACUUCCUCCCUACUGUGGAUGGAAUCGUCGUUCCGCCACUGACCGUCAACUUUAGGAGCAUCUGCGCCUUUGCCAACCUGGCUGGGAAAUUGGUGAUCACAGACUGCACUGCUGCUCCCGUUGGUAACCUUAUGGCGGCAGUAUCGGUCCAAAGCGAUACGGCACUGCUCGAUAGCGACCAAGCAUCGCAUGCUGCCGCGACCGUCCAUACCCUAGAGGAUCAGGUCUCAGCAGUGGACGUUUCCUUUUCGUGCCCUACUAGAUCGGACUCAGUGGUGGCGGCGGUGGUGGAGAGAGCCAUCGCACUGCAGAAGGACCCCUCCAAUGACGCCAAGCUGAUAGUGGUAACCAUCCUGGCACUUGGUCAUGAGGCUCUCCUUGGUGAGCACGAUCUCGCUCAGGCAUUCUCAGAUGAUGGUACAUCAGCGGCGAUGCUGUCGAGGAUGAGGCCGUACUGCAAGAUUCUGGCCAUGUCUGCUUCUGAGGCGGUAGUAAACUUUUUCACUACUCUGUGGGGCGUGGAGCCCUUACAGACCUCCAGUUACCAGUCCGCAGAAGCCGUGAUUCAGAACGUGAAGGACUUCUGCAAGGAAACAGGGCUUGCCGCCUCGGGCACGAAGCUCGUGGUUGUUCGCCCGAUCCCGUCCACGGCGACUCUGGAUGAGAUCGACGACUUGGAUGCCUUUGUCGAUUUGGUGGAGGUUAUGGAUCAAGUACGGCGAGAGGCUGAGAAUGAUCCCAAGCUGAAGAAGGCGUUCGAAGAGGUGGAGAAGACGGCCUCGAAGGUAACGGAAACGAACGAGCAGCUGCGGGCUCGGGCGGAGGCACAGGAGGCGAAGUUGGCGGCGAUGCGAGAGAAGAUGCAGAGCGCGAAGGAUCGGACGAAGAGCCUUUAUGAGGAAUUAAGAAGACAUAUGCCGGAGACAGGAGGGACGGCAGCUGAGGCGGGGCAGACAACUAAGCGUACGCCCGAGUGGAUGAAACCGGUAUUGGAUCAGCUGCACGUUGUGAGCGCCAAGGCUCGGGAGGCUACGUCGGGGCUGGUGGACAAGGCGAGUGGGUUUACGAAGAUGAUGGAUAAGGAGAGCUCCGAGGGCGUGCAGGAACGGCUGAAGCAAUUUCAGAGGGCUCAGGCGGCCAUGCGUGAUUUGGAGAAAGAGCAGAAAAUGCGAGAAAAGGUGGCGGAAGACCCCGCGGCGGAACCGUUGCCGGAGAAUCCGCACGGCUCAGCGUUGGUGGUUUCGGAGAGGGCUCGGUCGACUUGGGAACGUUUUGGGUUUACCUCCAGUGAGGAUUCGAGGUUUCUCGGAGGGUUCUUCGAGAACCCUAUGGUCGACCGGAUAUUUGGCGAGACGGAGAUUGCCCAGUCGAUACGGGAGAUGAAGGAGGUCGAUCCCAACUUCCGCUUGUCGCAGAUGGCCGAGGACAUCGAGCAUGUCGUGGCUCCCAGGAUCAUCCGAUGGUAUCUCGAGGGUGAUGUGGAGCGACUCGAAGCCCACUGUGGGGAGGCGGCCUUUGCCGCUGUGAACGCUUCUGUGAAGGCACGGCAUACGCAGAAGUUGACGUUGGAUACGAACAUUUUACAGCCUCCCAUGGAUGUGGAGUUGAAGGGGGCGAAGACGGCCUCAGAGGUCGACUCGCCGUGUUUCAUUUUUACCUUUUCAACGCAGCAAAUCAACUGUCUCCGAAAUGAGUUCGGGGAGGUGGUGGAGGGAGCAGUUGAUGACAUCAGACGUGUAUUUUAUGCUAUGGCGAUUCAGAAGCAUCCGGAGCCCGAGUCGGGGGGAUGUGAGUGGAGCCUCGCUUGA